AUCGCUGAUUGAUACGCGAGUCACGUAAGUCAACACCAGUUCAAUACGCAGCCGCCAUCAAGAAGUGGGGGAAAAAUUAAAAGAGGAAAAUAGAGAAAUUGAAGAACAAAUUCUGUUUACACUUUGGUUCCUUCUUCCUCAUCCACCGUUUUCAUAUUUCCGUAUACCUAAAACAGAAAUCUCAGCAGCCAAACAAAGAAAAGUGAAGAUAAUUUCUCAAUCAUUUCCAAUGGCGUCUUCUACCAUUACCUCACCCCCUACACCUUUGAUUAACAAGAAAGAUGCGGGCCUUUCAGCUUUCUCCUCACAAGCCUCAUUUUCUGUUCAAAAAUCCCAGAAAAGGGUCUGCAAGAAAAUUGUGUCUGUAAUGGCACCUCAGCAGUCUGAAAGAAGGCCUGCUACCACUGGUUCAGUCAAGACCGGGAUGACCAUGACUGAGAAAAUAUUCGCAAAGGCUUCUGAGAAAUCACAGUUGAGCCCUGGUGAGAAUGUCUGGGUCAAUGUUGAUGUUCUGAUGACUCAUGAUGUUUGUGGACCUCCUGCUAUUGGAAUUUUCAAGAGAGAAUUUGGCGAAAAUGCAAAGGUCUGGGACCGUGAAAAGCUUGUCAUCAUACCUGACCACUACAUAUUCACAACUGAUGAACGAGCAAACCGUAAUGUGGGCAUCUUGAGGGAUUUCUGUAACGAGCAAAACAUCAAGUACUUCUAUGACAUUAAAGAUCUUGGCAAUUUUAAGGCUAACCCUGAUUACAAAGGUGUAUGUCAUGUUGCUCUUGCUCAAGAAGGUCACUGCAGACCCGGAGAGGUCUUGCUGGGUACAGACUCGCACACAUGUACUGCUGGAGCAUUUGGGCAGUUUGCUACUGGAAUUGGUAAUACUGAUGCUGGUUUUGUGUUAGGCACAGGAAAGCUUUUGCUUAAGGUGCCUCCCACUUUGAGAUUUGUUAUGGAUGGUGAAAUGCCCGAUUAUUUGCUGGCAAAAGAUUUAAUUUUGCAAAUUAUUGGUGAGAUAUCUGUUGCUGGUGCAACAUAUAAAUCAAUGGAGUUUGUUGGUACUACCGUGGAAAGUUUGACUAUGGAAGAAAGAAUGACACUGUGCAACAUGGUUGUCGAAGCCGGGGGCAAAAAUGGUGUUGUUCCAGCUGAUAGCACCACAUAUAAGUACCUCGAGGACAAGACAUCUGUGCCUUAUGAGCCAGUUUACAGUGAUGAGCAAGCAAGAUUUCUUUCAGAAUAUAGAUUUGACAUCUCAAAGUUGGAACCUCUAGUGGCAAAGCCUCAUUCUCCUGAUAAUCGUGCUUUGGCGAGAGAAUGCAAAGACGUGAAAAUCGACAGAGUGUACAUUGGAUCAUGUACUGGUGGAAAAACUGAGGAUUUUAUGGCUGCUGCCAAAGUUUUUCUAGCUUCAGGAAAGAAGGUCAAGGUACCGACAUUCUUGGUCCCUGCAACACAAAAGGUUUGGAUGGAUGUAUAUGCACUUCCAGUCCCAGGAUCUGGUGGUAAAACUUGUGCUCAGAUAUUCGAGGAAGCUGGCUGUGAUACACCUGCAAGUCCUAGUUGUGGUGCUUGUUUGGGAGGCCCCAGAGACACCUAUGCACGCAUGAAUGAACCUCAGGUCUGUGUAUCAACCACAAAUAGGAACUUUCCUGGACGAAUGGGUCACAAAGAAGGCCAGAUAUAUCUAGCUUCUCCAUAUACUGCUGCAGCAUCUGCAUUAACUGGCUAUGUCACUGAUCCAAGGGAGUUUUUGCAGUAAGUUUUUUUGAUCAGUGUGUGCCAUUGUACGCUGACAGCAACUUGAUUCCUGGAACUGUAGCGUCAAAAGAAUCCAUCUGAAGCCUUGAUAGUUUGUAUGUUUCACUAGUAAUUGUGUAAGGUUGUUAGUGUACUAGAAAUGCAGGAGGACAUAUAUCCGAAAUCCUCGACAGCAGAAUUUUGAGUUUCUACUGUCAUGUUGUAAGAUCAAAUUUAUAAUGUAAUUGUGAUGAUCAAGCUUGGGUGAACCUACAUCAAUAAGAGCAGCUUAAUACUCUCUGGUUUGGCAUCCUCAUAAGGUACAUUGUUUUGAGUUGUUGAGAAACAAAUUUUAACAAUUACAUGAAUGCCAGAGAUUUAAAAGUUUCACCUGUAA